CUUUACCUGAAGGUUACGUGGAUGAGUCCAGAUAUUUUCAAGUACACUCAACAGACUGUACAAAAUACAUUGAAGUUGUCCCAGGUGUGAGCGGAGCGGCAGUGACAUAUGUCAAGUCGUGUUCGUUUGGGCUUUUCUGGGACGAACGAAGUCUGUCAUGCAUUAAUUCUACUCACGCUGAAUGUUACAAUGACCCUUGUAGAAAAUUUUCGGCUGGAUACGUGUACAAAAUGGAUGGACUUUGUUCUGGAUUCUGGACAUGUUUGAAUAAAACGUCACUUCCUGUCUGUUGUACUCUGGGAUACAGAUUCCAACCCGCUCAAGGCUGUGUGCUAGAUUCAACGUGUGGCGAACCAUGCCCACCUAAACAAAAUACUUUAACAAAUAGAGAUUGUAGAAAAUGGGUUGAUCCACAUGAUGGCCAAUCAUACUUGGAGGAAGUGCACAACCGAAAUAUUUCACGCCCAUGCGCACCAGGAUCCUUUUUUGACCAUUCAGCGUGCGCCUGCACACAACACAACACUCAAAAUCCAAUAUUAGCUACAUCUGUGAGUCCGAGCGUCAGUACCAAUUAUUGUCGAGACGAACUUUAUCUGAAAUUUAACAAAGGAGAGGAUGGAAACAUUGACGGCUUUAAAGACUACUCGAGUCGCAAUAUCCACGUUGCGCAGCGUAAUGUUGUUAUUUCCGGCAGAGACGAUGGCAUGAUGGAAUUGGACGGGGUUUCCAGCUGUCUGAAUAUUUGGCGUUUCUCCAACAUUGAGUAUAGAAGUCUAGUGAUUUCGAUUAAGUUCCUUGCCCUGCAGUCUGACAAUCCACAAACACAGACGAAGUACCAGGCCCUUCUCUCUAACUGCUACUACAAAUCGUGCACAGCAAGUGUCGCCAUUGUUUUGGACAGGAUAAACCACGUGAUAGGGGUUCAAACACAAACUGCAGGCACUGGCACAUAUAUAUGGUGGCACCCAACAAAAUAUCAAGACGAUACAUUAAAUGAAGUUAAGUUGAGCUUUGAUCGUGAAGGGACAGUAAUUAACUUCUCCCUCAAUAAAGAGAACAGAAAGCAGUAUAUUCAAGAAAUGGUUCUUUUGAGACAGACGGGGCUUGUCAUUGGUGCUGGGGGUUUAUUUGACAAUUUUAAAGGAUUUAUAGAUGAGAUAAGAGUACAACAUUGCGAUGGUGACCCACCUAUUGAUGUCUGAAGAUUGUGAUCAUCUGUGAAUAUCACCAUAAUUAAAGAUUAGAAAAAUGUCAGACAAAGUGUGGAAUUUGUU